CGAUUCUCAAAGCACUCCGGACUGGGAGCAACAUGGGCAAACUCAAAUCGAACAAGCGCAACAGCGCGGCCUCUGCAAGCACACCAUAUUCGAAAGCAGAAAAGGCGACGAACAACGUCUUCAAGUUCAAUACGAAUGUGGGCCAACAUAUUCUCAAGAACCCUGGAGUUGCCGAAGCUAUUGUCCAGAAAGCUAAUCUCAAACCCUCGGAUGUGGUCCUUGAAGUUGGUCCCGGAACAGGGAAUCUGACGGUCCGGAUAUUGGAGAAGGCGAAGAAGGUCAUUGCGGUGGAAUUGGAUCCUCGAAUGGCGGCGGAGGUCACGAAGAGAGUGCAGGGGAAACCUGAACAGAAGAGAUUAGAAGUACUGUUGGGAGAUGUCAUUAAGACGGAAUUACCGCCUUUUGAUGUCUGUAUUAGCAAUACGCCAUAUCAAAUUUCUAGUCCUUUGGUAUUUAAGCUUCUUGCACUACCUAACCCCCCUCGAACCUCCAUUCUUAUGUUUCAACGCGAGUUUGCUAUGCGGCUUACAGCACGGCCUGGGGAUGCUUUAUACUGUCGACUUUCAGUGAACGCGCAGUUCUGGGCCAAAAUCACACAUAUCAUGAAGGUCGGAAAGAACAAUUUCAAGCCUCCCCCACAAGUCGAAUCGUCAGUCGUGCGAAUAGAGCCGAAGAUGGGUACGAAGAGACCUGGUGUGAGCUGGGAUGAGUGGGAUGGAAUGCUUCGGAUCUGCUUCGUGAGGAAGAAUAGGACUAUGCGAGCCAGUUGGCUUGGAACUAAGGAAGUGCUCGCUAUGUUGGAGAGAAACUACAGAGUGUGGUGUGCUAUGAAUAACGUUGCCGUUGAUGAUACGAUCAUUGGUGAAGAGGACGAGAUGGAAGUCGAAGAUGCUACUGGGCCACCAGAAGAGGAUGAGUGGGGUGGUAUAAUGGAUGUGGACGAGGAAGCAGACGAGACGCCUGCAUUCUUCAAGGAGGAAGCUGAACGAAUAGCAAAGGAGAAUGGGGGAAAGACGAAGAGCAAAAAGAAGAAGACGAGAGUUGCCGAGCUGGUGAGGGAGAAGAUUAGGAAAGUGUUGGAGGACAAGACGGAGUUGGCAGACAAGCGUGCCGGAAAGUGCGACGAGAACGAUUUCUUGAAGCUAUUGUAUGCCUUCAACGAAGAGGGGAUACAUUUCGCUUGAGGGAAAGCAGAUACCCUGGGUUUUUACUUUAGCAUGGCGUUGGUGGGGCUUUGAUAAGAAACAUCGAAUUAUAUAGAGAAACUUGGAGUUUCUUCAUUCGAUUAGGUGUUUAGGGGAAGGAAAAGGAAUCAAAAGAGAGCUUGCACAUAGAAAAUGUACCUCGAAGUCAUCGU